AUACAGGGAGAUGGGAGGUGUUUAUGUACGAUCGUUAAGGCGGGUCUAUACCAAUAUUCUGACAACCAUUUGUGAAUCUCUCGCUGAGACGGAGGGAGACAGACGGAGAAAAAGAAAAAAUGGCUGAUCAACUCACAGAGGAGCAAAUAGCUGAGUUCAAAGAGGCGUUCUCACUAUUUGACAAAGAUGGGGAUGGCACCAUCACCACGAAAGAGCUGGGCACUGUCAUGCGCUCCCUUGGCCAGAACCCUACAGAGGCGGAGCUGCAGGAUAUGAUCAAUGAGGUGGAUGCAGAUGGUAAUGGAACAAUAGACUUCCCUGAGUUCCUGACCAUGAUGGCAAGAAAGAUGAAGGACACAGAUAGCGAGGAGGAGAUCAGAGAAGCUUUCCGUGUCUUUGAUAAGGACGGGAACGGAUAUAUCAGUGCUGCCGAGCUGCGCCAUGUGAUGACAAACUUGGGGGAGAAAUUAACAGAUGAGGAGGUGGAUGAAAUGAUUAGAGAAGCAGACAUUGAUGGAGAUGGUCAGGUCAAUUAUGAAGAAUUUGUACAAAUGAUGACAGCGAAGUGAAGGCCUUGUACAGAAUUUCUUGUAUAAAA